AUGGUUGAUCAGGGAAGCGAUGUGGAUGUGAUGUAUCCAGAUUUGUAUAAGGGGCUAGGAUUGAAACUAGACGACUUAACAACCUAUAAUUCCCCUCUGGUAAGUUUUGAGCGAAGGUUGGUCAUUCCCAUGGGGCUAAUAAGGCUGCCUGUACAGUCAGGUACGGAUGUGGUGGAGGUGGACUUUAUUGUCGUAGAUGUUUUUUCUCCGUACACGGCUAUUGUGGGCAGACCUUGGCUUCACACCCUUAAAGCGGUCUCGUCUACUCUACAUCAGAAGGUGAAAUACCCAUCCGGAGACCAAGUGUUGGAAAUAGUAGGGAGUCAGGUUGGGGCCAAAUUGCCUUUGCAAGAGAAAGCGAGUUUGCUGGAAUUCCUCCGAGCCAAUGUGGACGUUUUUGCAUGGGACCCGUAUGAAGCCCCAGGGGUAGACCCGAAUUUCAUUUGUCACCGACUCAACGUGAACCUUGCCGUGGUGCCCAGGAGACAACCUCUUCGGCGACCAUCGAAGGAACAUGUUAAGGCGGUUAGAAGCGAAGUUGCCAAGCUCAAACAGGCCAGGGUUAUCAAGGAAGUUUUUUACCCUCAGUGGUUGGCCAAUAUGGUGGUAGUAAAAAAGAAGACUGGAAAAUGGCGGGUGUGCGUGGACUUCACGGAUCUUAAUAAGGCCUGCCCCAAGGAUCCAUUUCCUAUGCCAAAGAUCGACUAG